AUGCAUUUUUAUCAGGAGGAACAGACGCGUCCAUCCGACCUUUAUCUUGACACAAUCAACCGUGCUGUCCUUGACUUCGAUUUCGAAAAGGUCUGCUCCGUAUCUCUGUCAAAUAUCAACAUAUACGGCUGCCUGGUCUGCGGCAAAUAUUUCCAAGGCAGAGGUCGCAAGUCGUAUGCCUAUGCCCACUCCAUCCACGACGACCAUCACGUCUUCAUAAAUCUGGAGACUACCAAGGUUUAUGUUCUCCCAGAUGGAUACCUUGUAUCCGAUCCGUCCUUAGAGGACAUAUCAUACGUUUUGGCGCCAAAAUUCACCGCGCAGUCCAUUGCGAGUCUAUCAUCGCCGUCUCAUCUCCUCCGACCAUCCUACGAUCUCAAUCAUGAACCUUAUCUCUCCGGAUACGUUGGCCUGAAUAACAUCAAGCGAAAUGACCACAUGAACGUCAUUAUACAUUCCCUACUUCAUGUCCCACCUUUACGGGACUAUCUCCUGCUUUCAAACUUCCAUGGAAAGGAGCCUGAGCUUCUGAAGCGCUUUUCUGGUCUCGCCAAGAAGAUUUGGAACCCUCGCUUGUUCAAGAGUCAGGUCAGCCCCCAUGAAUUCCUGCAGGAAGUCAAUAGGGCCAGUUUGGGAAAGUUCCGCUUAGAACAACAAGGGGAUCCUGUCGAGUUUUUAGGCUGGCUAUUGAAUCGUCUUCAUAAGGAUCUCGGUGGCACAAAGAAGAAGGAUUCCAGCAUUAUCUUCAAGACGUUCCAGGGGGAACUGCGUUUGGAAACCCAACAGGUGGUGGUUCGCCCGGAUUCCGGUCUCAAAGAAAAGCCCAAAUUCGACAUAGAUCGCGAGCUCAAGACGACCGUCUCUCCCUUUCUGUUCCUUGCGGUGGACUUGCCUCCCCCUCCUCUCUUUCAAGACGCCGUCGAGAAGAAUAUUAUCCCGCAAGUCAGUAUACAUUCUGUCCUGGCCAAAUAUGACGGCAAAACAACCCAGGAAUCCGCGGGACAAUUACGACGGUACAAGUGCCAGCGAUUGCCACGGUACAUCAUUCUUCAUUUCAAACGCUUCACCAAAAACAUCUUCGUCGAAGAGAAGAACCCGACUAUUGUUAACUUCCCGCUGCGUGGCUUAGACUUCAAGGAGUAUGUUGACGCGCCUCCGGACAAUGCACCAACUGUAUACGAUCUGAUCGCCAACGUUGUGCUUGAAUCAGUCGCAGGCACGACACGAGACAAAGAAAACACCGUCUGGAAAGCCCACGUGCGAGCAGCAGGUGGUGGUGGAGAUGACGAGAAAUGGUUCACGAUUCAAGAUUUAAUCGUUGAAGAAACACGCAAAGAAAUGAUAUUCCUCGGGGAGACAGUCCUUCAGAUCUGGGAGCGAAGAACAGAGCGACAAUAA